GCAUCUGGAGACCCAAUGGCCCAAGCCCACUGGUGCUGCUACCCCUGGCUUGUUCUCCUCUGUGCAUGUGCCUGGAGUUACCCGCAACCUGGCUACCUUGGAAGAGAAGAUGUGAGAAACUGUUCAACCAACCCUCCGCACCUGCCAGUUACUGCGGCCAAUACAACAAUACAGCUUGCAGCCCUCCGCCAGUGGAUGCAGGCCUGGAAUCUCACUGCCUACAUUGUCCCAGACACAGAUGCACACAUGAGUGAGUAUAUUGGCAAACACGAUGAGAGGCGAGCAUGGAUCUCAGGCUUCACAGGCUCUGCAGGCACUGCCGUAGUGACCAUGGGGAAAGCAGCUGUCUGGACUGAUAGUCGUUACUGGACUCAGGCUGACAGGCAGAUGGACUGCAACUGGGAACUCAAGAAGGAAGUUAGCAUUUCUUCCAUUGUCACCUGGAUCCUUGCUGAAGUCCCUGCUGGAGGUCACGUGGGCUUCGACCCCUUCCUCCUCUCUGUUGAUUCCUGGGAGAAUUAUAAUCUGGAAUUCCAAGACUCCAACAGACGCCUGGUAUCCGUUCCAACCAACCUUGUGGACCUGGCAUGGGGGUCGGAUAGGCCCCCAAUGCCAAGCCAGCCCAUUUAUGCUCUGCCAAAAGAAUUUACAGGGAGCACUUGGCAGGAAAAAGUAUCUACCGUCCGAAGCUAUAUGAAGAACCAUGCCAUGGCUCCAACUGGUCUCCUUCUAUCAGCACUUGACGAGACAGCCUGGCUCUUCAACCUUCGUAGUGGUGACAUCCCCUACAACCCCUUCUUCUACUCAUAUACCCUGCUCACGGACUCUUCUAUCAGGUUGUUUGUCAACAAGAGUCGCUUUAGCCUGGAGACGCUGCAGUACCUGAAUACAAGCUGUUCAUCACCCAUGUGUGUGCAGCUUGAGGACUACAGUCAAGUUCGUGACAGUGUGAAGGCCUAUGCCUCAGGCAAUGUAACAAUCUUGAUUGGGCUCAGCUAUACCACCUACGGGCUCUAUGAAGUGAUACCCAAGGAAAAAUUGGUGACACAGGAAUACUCCCCAGUAAUGUUAAUGAAGGCUGUGAAGAACAGCAGGGAACAGGCCCUCUUGAAGGCCAGCCACAGAUCAGAGAACUACCUUUCUUCUCUCCCACAAGUAAAAUGGAGGCAGAGGGCCAAGAAUUGGAAUGAAAGCUUCUCCUCUGGACCCAGUUUUGAAACCAUCUCUGCUAGUGGCCUGAAUGCUGCCCUGGCCCAUUACAGCCCUACCAAGGAUCUGCACCGCAAGCUGUCCUCAGAUGAGAUGUACCUGGUGGAUUCUGGAGGUCAAUACUGGGAUGGGACCACAGAUAUCACCAGAACAGUGCAUUGGGGCACCCCUACUGCCUUCCAAAAGGUAAGAAAGGCCAAGGUGGAUAGUCUAGGGUCCAUCCAGUGGUCCAGGAGCAAUCUCUUUUCCCUCUCAGGAAGGAUGGUGGAAGCUUUUGCUCGAAGAGCCUUGUGGGAAGUUGGACUCAAUUAUGGCCAUGGGACAGGCCAUGGCAUUGGCAAUUUCCUCUGCGUACAUGAGUGGCCAGUGGGAUUCCAGUCUAACAACAUUGCCAUGGCCAAGGGCAUGUUCACUUCCAUUGAACCUGGAUACUACCAGGAUGGGGAGUUUGGAAUCCGUCUUGAAGAUGUGGCCCUUGUGGUAGAAGCAAAGACCAAGCACCCAGGGGCCUACCUGACUUUUGAAGUGGUGUCCUUUGUGCCCUAUGACCGGAACCUCAUUGAUGUCAGCCUGCUGUCCCCAGAGCAACUCCAGUACCUGAAUCAAUACUACCAGACCAUUCGCGAGAAAGUUGGCCCAGAACUGCAGCGUCGCCAGCUUCUGGAGGAGUUCGCAUGGCUAGAGCAGCACACACAACCGCUGUCAGCCAUGGCCCCUAUUACCACCUCCUUGACCUCUAUGUGGGUAGCCUUCACUCUGGCCAUCCUCAGCUGGAGCAGCUAGACGCCCCCGACUCCACUGACCACUUCAGUUUGGGAUUCAUUUGCUCUUGCUUAGCUAUCCUCCCUCUGUGCCAUCCAUGUCCCAAGAGCGCCCACUGGCCCGUCACCUUGGAAGUUACUAUCGUAAGCUUCCUCCAGAGCCAGACCCCAGGCAGCACAUUCUACCUUCUCCCAGAUGUGCAUACCUCAUCAUGGACACCCACUCCUGGGCCUUGGGAUGGCAGAGCCAUGUAGCCUGCUACAGUGAGUCCCUGUCUCCCAAUAUAAAGGAUCCUAUAGUCUAAUGCUCCUAUUCAUAAGGCUCCAUAGCUCAGAGGGCCCCAUCCUAUCCCCACCUGCGGGAGAGGGCCAGAGCUGUUCCCACCCACACUGACUCCAGACUUUUAGGGCUGCCUCUGGCCACCAUUAUUUUCCCCCAGCCCCAGUGACCUCCUGGCUAUAGACUGUAGAGUUGAAGGAAUAUGGGUGACUCAAGCCUGCCAGCCAUACCUGUAGAAGGAGGUGGCUGGGUGUUCUGGUUACAGACUAUCCCUCUAGCACUGGGGACAACAGAUAAGUAGAUGGCAUCUGUGGCCUGCAACUGGAGACCUCAGUUGCUGGGAACACAAAUCAGUCCUCUCUCCACAUGUGAACCCACAGCUCCUAACCCACCAAUGCGCUCCUUGACAAGUGACUACACAGGGAGUUAAGGCAUAGGACUUUCUUUGUAAGGAGAGAGAGACUGGCAAAGGUGCUCUGGGAGGGAGGGAUAACCUGGGCAGCCACACUAUCCCAGACUCCUCUGCUCUCAGGGAGCAUUUUAGUCUUCUAAGGUAUAGCCACCAUGAUAAUGCUAUUAAACCUCCGUGUCUUUGAAACACUCUUAA